AUGAGAGCGGCGAGCAUCUCCAACUUGCGGCGGCAGAAUGAGCACGCAUAAGCAUGUGUUGAUGAGGAGGCUGCAACCCGACAAGCGGCGCGUGCACUUGAGAACCAAGUGCAUCCCCAAACAGGUUCAGACGUGUCCGAUUGGAAUUGAAGCAACAUUUGGCUACCGGUCGAGUGAUUAGGGUGAUAAAGAAGAGUUGAGGCACAAAAGGUCAAAAAAAAAAAAAAAAAGAAAAAAGAGUGACGCUAGAGAGGAGCGACAUGUUUGGAAUGAUCAAGAAUUCACUCUUCGGAAACACCGAGGAGACAGAAUAUAAACUACUAAGCACAGAGACCAAGGAUGGAGUAAGCUUUGAGGUACGGCGCUAUGAUGCCGCCAAAUACGCGGUUGUUUCCUCUGAGGGGCGCACUUACGACCAGGUGACAGGGGAGCUGGUGAGGAAGCUGCUCAUGUACAUCGGUGGAUGCAAUGAACAAGGUGAGGCGAUGGGUACAGCAGCGCCCACCAUCAUCACGGUCUACCCUCGGAAUGACGGUGUUCUAUCCCGUCGUUUGGUGGUUGCCAUCCGCAUACCUACCUUCUACCAGCAAAGCCCCCCGACGCCCACGGACAAUACUAUUAGAGUCGAGGAUCGGCCUGGCAUGACUGUCUAUACACUGCAAUUUGGAGGUUUCGCAGGUGAGAGUGAGUACCGUGCUGAGGCCUUACGUUUGACACGCACCCUGGGCGAGACGGCCCCAUUCCAGCGCAAGCAAUACUUCUGUUGCAGCUACGACUCGCCAAUCAAACCUUACGGCCGCCGCAAUGAGGUGUGGUUCAUACAGGAAGAGCCGUAGGGACCUACUUGCCCAUUCUGAUAUCCAACCAUGGUGACCCCUUCAAUGACACUCCCGCAGCUCUAACUCUUGACUGGAGAAAAUAGACAGUACUGUGACUUUAAUAUUUUUAUUUUUAUUAAAGACAUUCCUGACUAUGCUAAAGAACACAAGAUUAGGAGUAUGUUUGUGAGUCACAAAUGUACAGUUCACUGUGUAUUCAUAGCAAAAAGAAACAUCAAUGUCUGAAAAAUAUAAAAAUAAUCAAUAUAAACUCUGUCAUUGUCUUACGGGUGUGAGCUAGAAGUCUGAGAUACAGAAAACCAGAGAUGAGUCUAUAGACUAUUGAGCGUACUGUAGGGGGCUUUGUCUACAUACCUUUCAGGUUGUCAUGAAAGCAACACAGAAUUGCAGUUUUAAAGCAAUAAUUAAAAAAAAUUCCUGUUUUUCAAUGAGGAACUGGAAAUAAACCGGAGGUUAAGCCAUAAAAUAGUGCUUAUGUAAUAUUGAGUGAAUGGCACCAUAGCUUUCUAGCUGUUUGUAUUGUGGUCAUCAAAUAUUUUGUGAUCGUGAUUUUCAACACUUUUUCAGGUAGUUGUGCAAUAUCCAUUUUUAUUUACAUCCCUGAAAAUGUUAGUGAUACAUCUGUGGUGUGACUAUCUGUGACAAGAGGGAAUACUGUAAGGGUAUACUCAUCUCUCAGAAACAAAGAAAUAUUUGGUUAUAGUCUUAUUUCAUUUCUCACACAGAGCAGGAACAGCAAAUGUGAAUCAUUUGAUUAUUGUGGUAUUUUUUUUUUCUUGUAAGGUUAUUUAAAGACAAAGAAAGUCAAAUAAAUUAAGAGAACCCUGAAAUAUUGGCUACAAUUGUUUCGUGUGUGGACAACCGUGAUUCUACAAGGCUUUUUUUUUUGCAGAUUUGCUUUACAGUAGCGUAAUUCUCGUGUUCACACUCAAGGCAAAAUACACCGCCUCUCUUAUGUAGAAGAAAUGUGUACAAAUAAAAAAAAUAACUGCUGAGGCGCAGGAAAUACUAUAUUCAAUAAAUGACAACUUUAUUAGAUUUCAGUUAACAAAAUUCAGGCAAGCGUUACUAAUUUACAGACAUUUCAAGAUUAAAGCAAACUUAGAUCCACGCCAAGAAAAUCAUUUUAGGUGUGCAAAGACCUUUAACUAGGUGUUAACUGCUUAACAAUAAUAAACGGUUAGCCCUCUGGAGUUUUACCAGGUGAAACACUGCUGUUCUCCAAAUGAUGCAGCCUGGUCACCGCAUACUGGCUCUAUUACAAGGAUGGUUUCAGCUUGCCUUUGCAUACAUGAAUACAAAAGAGGGUAAGAGCACAGGGUCACUCAUGCAAGUCCUACUUUUCCACUAGAACCUUUGGAAACUGGGAAUAUUGCACACUUUUGAAGACGUGCAUUUCAAUGAAUACAGCAAAAAUGUGCAAUUUGGGUUAUCUAGAAAAUUUAAUUACUGUUAAUGAUGGAGAGCGGGAUAGUCUUGGUCACAUAUACUGUAGGAUAUGCUAUUAAUAUCGGGAUAGUCUUGGUCACAUAUACUGUAGGAUAUGCUAUUAAUAGCCAAAAGUAUGACAAUCAGGAUAUAUGGAGGCCAUAAAUGUACCACUAAAAUCUAUUCAACCCACUCCUGCUAUUGUACACGAAUAACAAACA